UGCCAGGUUUGCACCCUGUGCGCCUGUCCUUCAGGACCCAGCAGGCUCAGACUUACCUGCGAUCAAAGCCCUGUGUGCCUCUCAGACCCACCAGCCCCGUGGAAUCUCUUGCAACACGACACCGCUGCGUGAGUUUUCUGUUGUUACUAGAGGUCAGCAGGUAUUUUCCCCUAGGAAACUGGGUGUGCACGUCUCAUCCCCGUGCCAAUUCUCUUGCCGCUUCUCCUUCCACACGCGGCGUCCUCCGGAGGGAGGGUGCAGCUCCGCGUGCUCCAGCUGCCGCGAAAGUUGCGCCCGGCCCAGUCUGGCUGUGGGCCCCGCCUCCGCCUUCUCAGUGUCCAGCCCCGCCCUCCGAUUGGUCAGCAGUGCCCAGCCCCGUUCCUCCGAGGGGAUUAAAGCAGCGGCCGCGAAGUCUGGGUGCUUGCAGGCUGCUAAAGCCAACCCCAGUUGAUUAGCACCUGCUACCGCGCUUUGCUUCCUAGCGCUCGCGGAGCCUCCUGGAGCCUGCCACCAUCCUGCCGGCUACGUGCUGCCCCGCGCCCGCAGCCAUGUGCCGUACCCUGGCCGCCUUCCCCACCACCUGCCUGGAGAGAGCCAAAGAGUUCAAGACACGUCUGGGGAUCUUUCUUCACAAAUCAGAGCUGGGCUGUGAUACUGGGAGUAGUGGCAAGUUCGAGUGGGGCAGUAAACACGGCAAAGAGAAUAGAAACUUCUCAGAAGAUGUGCUGGGGUGGAGAGAGUCGUUCGACCUGCUGCUGAGCAGUAAAAAUGGAGUGGCUGCUUUCCACGCUUUCCUCAAGACGGAGUUCAGUGAGGAGAACCUGGAGUUCUGGCUGGCCUGUGAGGAGUUCAAGAAGAUCCAAUCAGCUACCAAGCGGGCCUCCAGGGCACACCGGAUCUUUGAGGAGUUCAUCUGCAGCGAGGCCCCUAAAGAGGUCAACAUUGACCAUGAGACCCGCGAGCUGACUAGGAUGAACCUGCAAACCGUCACAGCCACAUGCUUUGACACAGCUCAAGGGAAGACACGUACCCUGAUGGAGAAGGACUCCUACCCACGCUUCCUGAAGUCACCCGCUUACCGGGACCUGGCUGCCCAAGCCUCAGCCGCCUCUGCUACUCCGUCCAGCUGCAGCCUGGCCGAGCCCUCACACACCUGAGUCUCCACGGCAGUGAGGAAGCCAGCUGGGAAGAGAGGUUGAGUCACCCAUCCCCAAGGUGGCUGCCCCUGUGUGGGAGGCAGGUUCUGCAAAGCAAGUGCAAGAGGACAAAAAAAAAAAAAAAAAAAAAAAAAGCGCUCCAGCAGCCUGUUUGGGAAGCAGCAAUCUCUCCUUCAUAUACUGUGGGACUCAUGCUGGAGAGGGGCCACCCACUUCCAGGACCUGUGAAUAAGGGCUAAUGAUGAGGGUUGGUGGGGCUCUCUGUGGGGGAAAAAAGGUGGCACGGGGUUAGCACUGGCUCUCGUUCUCACCGGAGAAGGAAGUGUUCUAGCGUGGUUUAGGAAACGUGGAUAAAGGGAACUGUGAAAAUGAGAGGAGGAAAGACACCCAGAUCAGCUGUUUUGCCUGUUGCUCAGUUGACUCUGGUCGCAUCCUGUUUUCCUAAUUCCCAGACGUUCUGGGCACAGAAAGGACCCUGCGUGUGGAGUCUUCCCCUUUGGCCCUCCUCACUGGCCUCUGGGCUGGCCCGGAGUCCCUUAGCUUGUACCUUGUAACACUCCUGUGUGUCUGUCCAGCCUUGCAGUCAUGUCAAGGCCAGCAAGCUGAUGUGACUCUUGCCCCAUGCGAGCUAUUUAUACCUCAAACACUGGCCUGUGAGCCCUUUCCAAGUCAGUGGAGAGCCCUGAAAGGAGGCUCACUUGAACCACCCUCAGUGUUCUGGGUGACCCCCUGCAGGUGGCCCCUGACCCUGUGUUGCAACAGGGUCCACCUGUGAGCAGGCCCCCCCAGGGGCCUUUUCCUGGAUGUGCACUCUCUGAGUUCUGUGCUGUCUCUUGGAGGCAGGGCCCAGGAGAAGAAAGUGUGGAGGCCUCGGGGAGUGGCUUUUCCAGCUCUCAUGUCCCGCAGUGUGGAACAAGGCAGAAAAGGAUCCUAGGAAACAAAUCUCUUGGCAGUCCCUGAGAGUCCUGCUGAAAUCCAGCCAGUGUUUUUUUGUGGUAUGAGAACAGGCAGAAAGAGAUGCCCCGAGAUAGAAGGGGAGCCUCGUGUUUCUUUCCUGCGGACAUGAGAUGAACCACUGGAGUGGGCAGAGGUGGCCCAGGACCAUGGCGCCCUUAGAGUGCAGAAGCUGGGGGGAGAGGCUGCUUGGAAGGGCAGGACUGGGGAUAAUCAGAACCUGCUUGUCACCUCAGGGCGUCACCGAACAAACAUUUCCUAAUGGGAACUCCUGCAGCAGAGCCCGGGCUGGAGGUAAAUUACCCAGGGCAGCCCCCUUGUGGCCCAGGAUCAUCAACAUUGUUCUCUGUGCACCAUGAGCGCCUCCGGGAGAUUAUUUAAGUGUAUUGUAUCAUUGGUUUUGUGUGAUUGUCAUAACAUUGUUUUUGUUAUUGUUGGUGCUCUUGUUAUUUAUUAUUGUAAUCUCAGUUUGCCUCUACUGGAGAAUCUCAGCAGGGGUUUCAGCCUGACUGUCUCCCUCUCUCCACCAGACUCUACCUCUGAAUGUGCUGGGAACCUCUUGGAGCCUGUCAGGAACUCCUCACUGUUUAAAUAUUUAUUUAUUGUGGCAAAUGGAGCUGGUUUCCUAGAUACGAAUGAUGUUUGCAGUCCCCAUUUUCCUGUUUCAGCAUGUUACAUUCUUAUAAAAUAAAAACAAAAGUCAAAUAUGA